CUUGGCUCAUGAUGUCCCAGUCGGCGCUGGGGCUCGGCGGCGAGCGGCGCUACUCCGUGCCCUCCAACCCGCUCGUCCACGACCCGCGCGGCAUGCACUCAGAGGACCUGCACGCGUGGUCCAUCUACAGGCAAAAUCUGAACUCUGAUUUCACGGACAGCGCGCUGGGGAGCACCGACAAGAGCCCUUUGCCUUAUGGAAACUUCCAGCUGAGAGAUACCACUGUCCAGUCCAUCCUAUCGCAUCCCAGAUAUGGACCCAAAUCAGCGCUUGGUUCGAACAUGUACACGUAUCUCAAAUUCGGGCUGCCGCGAGUGUUUCCGCCGAACCACAACGGCUCACAGCGCUCUGGGACGCCGAAACCCAAGACCUCGAUUGGCAGUGGAAUGAAACCGGUACCCAGGAUCCAAAGGCAAAGCAGAGGAAUACGCGAGACAUCAUCAGGCUACGACAGUUCCGACAACGAAACCUCUACGAACUACAAAUAUAGCCGCAAAUACCGUUCGGAUCCUGAUUUUAGAAUGCAACACUUGCACACAUCCUAUCAACCUCAAGGCGGCCCCGGCGUGCCACUAGUAGCCAUGCAGCAGGCGGGCCUCAGAAAUGAGCCCCACUGGACCAACUCGAGGCAUAAGUCCGUGAGCGAGGCCAAUCUGCUUGGCAUAGAGGCCCGACCACACCGCCCCUCUUACAGCCAUCGGAGGAACAGUGUAGCCGACUUCGUGCCUGAUAAUGACCAUCAGAGUUACCUGAUGGCGGCAUCUCACCUUGGAGGUCGAAUGUCGAAAGCCGGCAGUCAUAUGUCUUUGGCGCAGUCCAGAAAACAGUCCACCCUACGGCCCGGGGACCACUUAGAUGGAUAUACGCAUUCCGCUUACAUUUACCCUAACUAUUAUGUUAAUAGUUUAGAAAUAACUGCGCCGGACAACAAAUCUGCGCUGCUAGUGUCGGGGCUCAGCUUCGAGGUGAAGUCUGGCGAGAUCCUCGCGGUGUUGGCCACGUCGCAGCACGAGGCCACGGGCCUGUUGGAUGUCUUGGCUGGCGUUAGGAAGAAACUAACAGGUGAUAUAGUCCUCAACGGGCAGCCUGUGGCGUCAUCGACGCUUCGUAAAGUAGCAGCCUACGUGCGAAAAGACACGUCUCUCUGUCCCUCCAUGACGGUGGAACACACACUGCGGUUUCACGCGGCGCUGCGGCGGCCGAGGAGUAAUCAGCACCAGGUCAAGAUGGAUGAUAGAGAUCGGAUAAAUUGGCUAAUAGAAGAGCUAGGUCUCGACCAAGUACGAGACACGAACGUGGCCCGUCUAACAAGAUCCGAGAUCAGGCGGCUCAACGUCGCCUGCCAGUUGUUGCUCGACACGGCCAUCCUGAUCCUGGACCAGCCCACGAAGGAGAUGGACAUCUUCGACACCUUCUUCCUGGUGGAGUAUUUGAGGAACUGGGCGAGCGGCGGGCGCGUUGUGAUCAUGUCGUUACACCCGCCGACUUAUGAGAUCUUUGCUAUGCUUACUAAGGUGGUCUUAAUAUCCGCCGGUAGAACGAUGUUCAGCGGGUACAGAAGAGACAUGUUGCCAUAUUUCGCUUCUAUCGACUAUCCUUGUCCCGCCUUCAAAAAUCCUUCUGAUUAUUAUUUGGACCUGGUGACCCUCGACGACCUGUCGGCGGCGGCCAUGCUGGAGUCGUCGGGGCGCAUCGAGGCGCUGGCCGGGCUGUUCGCGGGCGCGCAGGCGCCGCCCGAGCCGCCGCCCCCCGUGCCGCUGCCCGCGCCCGUCGCCCGCCCCAACGUCGCCGUACAAGCCUUCGCUCUUAUAGAAAAAAGUUUGGUGUUCACACAAAUGACGACGCUGUCCAACGUGGUGACACGGGUCCUCAUUGCAGCCAUCAUGUCGCUCAUCACGGGAACCAUCUUUUGGGACCUACCCACCACUGACGCCAAGUUAACCCAAAACGACCGAGUCGGAUACCACUACUCUGUGAUGUGCCUAAGCCUGUGUCCACUGCUCAUGUGGCUGACGGCGCGGGAAGCUAGCUCUAUGAGAAGGCACGUAGAGAGAGACGUUGCUGUACCAUUGUACUCUCGCACCGUAUUUAUACUUUAUGAUCAAUUCCUGGAGCUAUGGUCGGCUGUGCUGACAUGGUUCGCGUACCUCGUGCCGAGCUACGCCAUGAGCGGUCUCUACGCCCAGACUCCGGGGUCUUUCGACGGAUUCUAUAUCUAUUUAGGUUACACCGCGCUCUAUCUAAUAGCAACCCAGAUGAUGUUCCGAGCCUUCGUCUUCCUCGUACCGAUGGAGAAGACGGCCACUAUCCUGGCAGGCUUCUGUUUCUUGCUCAGCACAUUCGCCAACGGGGUGAUGCUGCACCAGCAGGACUUGCCGCAGUACUGGCGCUGGCUGGAGUACGUGUCGCCCUCGAGGUGGACGCUGCCAGAGAUCCUGAUGAAGGAGUUGAGCGAAACUGCCUUGAGGACGAGUAUUAGUAAGGAGAUGAGGUGUACUAAUAAACAGAGACCGUAUAACGACAUCAUAGUACAAUCACAAUGCCCACCGCCAAACGGCACCCAAGUCCUCUCCAACUACGAGUACCUCCGCGCCGACCACAUCUGGGAGUGGUCACAAGAAAGCUUCCUAAUAGCUCUGGCCAUCUUUUACGCGGUUUUCGCUGUGAUCGCCCUUUUGGCUUUCGUGUGCGACUGCACCAAGUACGUUAGGAGAAAGGAACGAAACAGCUUGAAAGGACACAAGGUUACGGUUAAUACUCCUUGAAAAUAAUACUUUGACCUCCAUGUAACGAGAAAUUUUCGAAGAACAUUCGUUUUCGACUUAUAGUCGAAUUGAUAGAUUACUAAUUAUUAUAUCUGAACAACACAGGUUGUAAUUGUACAAGAAUGUGAUUAUAAACUUGUGUCAGUAAUCAAGAUAUCUCAUCAUUAUCAUCAUCAUCUCAGCCAUAAGACGUCCACUGCUGAACAUAGGCCUCCCCCUUGGACCUCCAUUCAGAUAUCUAAAUCAACUAAUUCACUAUGUAACAAAACAAAAAAUAUGGGAUACUUUGUUAUUCGAGUGAAAACAUUGAGAAUUAUACCUUGUAAGUCGGAUAAUAUACGGUUAAUUCAAUUUGUUAGGUCAUUUUCUGUAAAAGCUGGACUAAAAAUGUUGAUCUUAUACUAAUAAAAGCUGAUCUGGAAAUUAGAUAAUUUAUAAUCUGUUCAAUGUAUCGCUAGGAAUUAAGUAAAUAAAUGAAUGUACAAAGAAAUUAUAACUAAAUUAGUAUAUGUAAUAGAUUUUUAAUAACUAAAUGCGAAAGGCUGACUGUAUACCGUCUUCCGUCCUUGAAUGCAUGAAUAUUGUAUAAUAAAAUGUGCCGAAUGCAUGUAUUAGGUAAAUUAGACACAUAUCACAAGUUUAUCUUAGUCACUACUUUUCGUUCUUCACAUGUUUUGUUAAAAACGUGAUGUCUAUGAAACUAUAUACUAUUAUCGAUAGAGUAAAUAAAAAGAACAGAGCGACAAUGUCAAAACAACGCGUCUUCGUUUUCUUUUUACCUGUAUGAAGGGCGUUUUUUUUGCGUAUUCUCGGAACAAGGUUGGAUAUUGUUGUUGGAAGCUGUGAUUCUGUUCCAUUUCUUUACUCUUGAACUAUCUAGCUUUCUCUUUUCUACUUCUGUAGAAAAGUCCUUCAAGCACUAUAUGAUUUUGAUUGUGAAUGUGCAUGUGCUCAAUGCAAUAGUGUAUGAAAUAAUUAAUGAAAAUUGCCAUUUUCGCAAAUCCCUUCUCAAAGGCUCAGGUAGACGGCGCGCGAACUCACAAUGGAAUUACGUUAUAUUGCCGAAAACGGAGAUACAACGAAUUCAAUUGACCGCUCUAAUAUUGCAAUGUAACAUAACUAGCAAGCACCGUCUAGAUGAGUCUUAAAUCUAAAUGAAUUAUCAUAUACUCUUCUACGGCAAAAAACAGUAUUAGGUACAUAAGUAAGUACAACGUUUAACCUACUGCCAAAUGUUGACUAGUACAUCCAAUUUUCAUUCUUCUUCUUUAUUUUGAUAGGUAUAGUUUAUUAAAUUUUAAGUAGUUUAAAGGAAUAAAAGUGGAGCCAUAUCAAUUAGAUAAUUAUUUAAUAAUUGAUAAGUUACCUUACUUUCGGCAUAAUAAAAAUAAAUUAAA